UUAAAAUAAGUGACAUCCAAGCAGUACAUGUAUACAUAUAUACUUUGACUCAUCGGCAGGUGUUUAGGAAAGACAGGCAAUAUGGAUAUACAUGCACAACAUGUAUAUUAAAGUUUUCAUAGCAAAAUAUCAAUACUAAUUAAACGUAUAGUGCCUACAUGAGAAAUUCACUGUAUUACGUGACACUGCGAAAAUAAUCAAAAUAAUCAAGCUUGUAGAUGUAAUUCAGGAUGCAGCGAUGUCACACCGACUCGGAAACUAAAAUUGUGAACUGGAAUAAUGUGGCAAGUGAAAACGAAAAUCGUCUUUGUGAUUCUGAUACAUAUUUGUAGACACAUUUCUUUGUUUAGAUGCCAAGAAAUAGACAAGCCGCGAGGACCUUGGCAGUUAGCCUUUAAAGUGGUCAGUGGUAACUGGAACUCUACAGCCACUGGUUACUCGAGCUUCUGGGAACUGUUUACCUCGACUGAUACCUACAACACAGCAAGUCCUGUGCCGGAUCAAAGAAACUUUAAUACAAGCAGUGACAGUUACAAGUCCAAGCUCGUGCAACAAUGGGAGGAUGGCUUCAUCAGUGUGCAAACGAUUAAAUUGUCGUUUUUCAAAAACAACGAGGAGAAAGCGUAUGUUGUAUUUGAUGCGAUAGGAAAGACGAAGACGACAUGGUUUAAAUGUGACAAUAUAUUAUACUCAUCCUAUACUGACCUGCCGGACAAUACACUACCGACAGAAUGUCCCGGCAAAAACGCUAUGGGGUUACCCCUUACAAUGAUGAAAGUGUCGUAUUUGUUCGCUUACUGUCCGCAAACAACUGGCUGGUUAGUUGUAGCAGAUACCGACUUCUCAUUUUCCCUGUGUCCUAAUUACAUGCCUGCUGACGGUAGCGAACCUUACUUCAAAUAUUCCAGUCUAACUACAGUUGCGGAUCUUUCAACACAACUAGAGACAGCUGACAGUAUAGGAAUAUUUUUUCAAGUUUGGGACAUGGCUUUCAAAGGCGUAGAGGGCAUCAAACCUUCAGCCGUCGGUCUAAAUAAUCUGACAGGUUUGUUCAUGCAGGAUAUAACAGAGAACGAUAACUCUGACCUGACAGUCAGAAACCUUCAGCACUCCCAGUCAUCACAAAUCUUCAAAUCUGACGUCAUUAACCUCUGGGAUACUUACUUCAUAGAUAUGGUGAAAUUUUCCAUGUCAAAGAGCGGUGUAGAGAAGGCUUAUGUGGUAUUUGAUGGUGUAAAUACAGACAAACUUUCCUGGUUCAGUGAGAGUAACAUACUGUAUAGCAGUUAUGGUAGCUCAUUGGACGGGGCUUCAUUGGAAAUGUGCUCCAUAGAAGGGGAUGAUAAUCGCAACUGGCAGAUACAGAGCCUCGCCGAUGACACUGGCUGUUCUAGCUCCGAGCAACUCGGCUGGAUGUUGGUGAAAGAACCAAAGAACAACGGCACAUGUAGCUGGGAUACAAGUACCAUUAAGAAGAAACCAUUUUUUCUCUAUAAUGCAGAUACGUCGGCUGCUAAUCCCUCCACCUUUCAGUAUGCCGAUGUUAUUGCAGUGUUUGUACAUGGUUGGCGCCUUGUCCUGAAAUUAGCAGCUGGUGGAAGUGUUUCACCAAAGUCAAGCGUCCACUCGCUGUGGUCUGAAACCGGAAGUGUGAACGAAGGUGUUGACGGAGCAGCAAGUCUGGCAUCUGGAACAACUUACAAGUCCAGUAUUAUAGACCAGUGGACCUCCUUUUAUAUAAGAGCGGUUAAAAUCGCGGCUUACAAAGAUGGCUUAGAAGUAUUUAAUGCAGUAUUUGACGCUACAGGAAGUAGCAACAUCGACUGGCUUGACUGCGCCCGAUUGCUCUAUACCUCGGUAUCUGGACUGACCGGCACCACAGCAAACACCAAUUCAUAUGCUUGCAGUUUACACGGGGAGUCUUCAACAUUUAGAUUUUUACUCGGAAAAUCACCAGACUGCGGUUCAGUGUCUGCUACUGGAGUAUUCUCGAUAGUGGAUGCAGAUAGUGCGUGCUCUUCAAGAAAUGAUCUGCCACAGUUUCUUUUCUCUAAUACACUUGAUACAUCACUCACAGAUAUGACAGAGUCACAAUUAGCAGACACAUUUGCAGUAUUUAUUGAUAUGGCAAAUUGCUAUACUGACACGUGCCUUAACGGAGCAACCUGUCAGGACCUAGGUGGGAACUUCCGCUGUUUUUGUGACGGAAGUUACUACGGGGCCACGUGCGCAAAUUUGGAUGGUACUUUUGGAGACUGGAGCACGUGGAGUGAGUGUAGUGUCACGUGCGCUAAUGGUACACAGAGCAGAAACAGAACGUGUAUAGGAGCAGAGGGAGAUGGCAUAUGUUCUGGCGAAAGUACAGAGACCACACCUUGUUCUUUAGAUCCAUGUCCAAGUAGGAAUAUAACGAUAAAUCUAUAUAGCACGCUUAAGGCCGCCGUGGCUUUCUCGGUUACCUUAUCCCGCAUCCACAGAUACCUGUCGUUAAGCUGUUCGUAUCACUGCAAACAUCGUAAAACUGUCUUGUAUCACAGGAGGUUUGGCAACAUGGUCACUUGUCAAAAGCAUUUUUCACUUGUCUUGCAAAAACAUAUAAUCACAGUUGAUGGAGUCUACACAGAGUGGAUCACGUGGACCCAAUGUACAGUCACGUGUGGCACUGGUACAAGAAACCGGUCACGCGAAUGCACAAACCCAUCCCCUCAACAUGGUGGCAGUGAUUGUGUUGAACCCGCUACCGAGAGUGAAAACUGCAGCACAAACCCUUGUCCAAUUGAUGGAGGUCUGACAGUGUGGGCAGACUGGACAUCCUGUUCCGUGUCAUGUGAGGCCGGGACACAGUCCAGGGAACGCUUGUGUACCAAUCCAACCCCGCAGUAUGGAGGCGCAAACUGUACAGGAGAAACACUUGAAACAAAUUCAUGCGAUCUAGGACCAUGUCCGAUCAAUGGUGGAUAUACUGCAUGGAAUGCAUGGACAGCUUGUAAUGUCACAUGUGGAGGCGGGGAGCAGUCGAGGUCAAGAGAAUGCAGUAAUCCUCUUCCACAGUAUGGAGGAAACAAUUGUUCAGGCGAUACCUCGGAAUCACAAGCUUGUAACAGCGAUAACUGUCCUAUCAAUGGUGGAUAUACUGCAUGGAGUGCAUGGACAGCUUGUAAUGUCACAUGUGGAGGCGGAGAGCAGUCGAGGUCAAGAGAAUGUAGUAAUCCUCUUCCACAGUAUGGAGGAAACAAUUGUUCGGGUGAUGCCUCCGAAUCACAAGCUUGUAAUAGCGAGAACUGUCCUAUUAAUGGUGGAUAUACUACAUGGAGUGCAUGGACAGCUUGUAAUGUCACAUGUGGAGGCGGUGAGCAGUCGAGAUCAAGAGAAUGUAGUAAUCCUCUUCCACAGUAUGGAGGAAACAACUGUUCUGGCGAUGCCUCUGAAACACAAAAUUGUAACAGCGAGAACUGUCCUAUUAAUGGUGGAUAUACUGCAUGGAGUGCAUGGACAGCAUGUAAUGUCACAUGUGGAGGCGGUGAGCAGUCGAGGUCAAGAGAAUGUAGUAAUCCUCUUCCACAGUAUGGAGGAAACAACUGUUCUGGCGAUGCCUCUGAAACACAAAAUUGUAACAGCGAGAACUGUCCUAUCAAUGGUGGAUAUACUGCAUGGAGUGCAUGGACAGCUUGUAAUGUCACAUGUGGAGGCGGAGAGCAGUCGAGAUCAAGAGAAUGUAGUAAUCCUCUUCCGCAGUAUGGAGGAAACAACUGUUCUGGCGAUGCCUCCGAAUCACAAGCUUGUAACAGCGGGAACUGUCCUAUCAAUGGUGGAUAUACUGCAUGGAGUGCAUGGACAGCUUGUAAUGUCACGUGUGGAGGCGGUGAGCAGUCGAGGUCAAGAGAAUGUAGCAAUCCUCUUCCACAGUAUGGAGGAAACAACUGUUCUGGCGAUACCUCUGAAACACAAGCUUGUAACAGCGAGAACUGUCCUAUCAAUGGUGGAUAUACUGCAUGGAGUGCAUGGACAGCUUGUAAUGUCACAUGUGGAGGCGGUGAGCAGACGAGGUCAAGAGAAUGUAGUAAUCCUCUUCCACAGUAUGGAGGAAACAACUGCUCUGGCGAUGCCUCCGAAACACAAGCUUGUAACAGCGAGAACUGUCCUAUCAACGGUGGAUAUACUGCAUGGAGUGCAUGGACAGCUUGUAAUGUCACAUGUGGAGGCGGUGAGCAGUCUAGGUCAAGAGAAUGUAGUAAUCCUCUUCCACAGUAUGGAGGAAACAACUGUUCUGGCGAUACCUCCGAAUCGCAAGCUUGUAACAGCGAUAACUGUCCUAUCAACGGUGGAUAUACUGCAUGGAGUGCAUGGACAGCUUGCAAUGUCACAUGUGGAGGCGGUGAGCAGUCGAGGUCAAGAGAAUGUAGCAAUCCUCUUCCACAGUAUGGAGGAAACAACUGUUCUGGGGAUGCCUCCGAAUCACAAGCUUGUAACAGCGAGAACUGUCCUAUCAAUGGUGGAUAUACUGCAUGGAGUGCAUGGACAGCUUGUAAUGUCACAUGUGGAGGCGGUGAGCAGUCGAGGUCAAGAGAAUGUAGCAAUCCUCUUCCACAGUAUGGAGGAAACAACUGUUCUGGCGAUGCCUCUGAAACACAAGCUUGUAACAGCGAGAACUGUCCUGUCAAUGGUGGAUAUACUGCAUGGAGUGCAUGGACAGCUUGUAAUGUCACAUGUGGAGGCGGGGAACAGUCGAGGUCAAGAGAAUGUAGUAAUCCUCCUCCGCAGUAUGGAGGAAACAACUGUUCUGGCGAUGCCUCUGAAACACAAAAUUGUAACAGCGAGAACUGUCCUAUUAAUGGGGGAUAUACUGCAUGGAGUGCAUGGACAGCAUGUAAUGUCACAUGCGGAGGCGGUGAGCAGUCGAGGUCAAGAGAAUGUAGUAAUCCUCUUCCACAGUAUGGAGGAAACAACUGUUCUGGUGAUGCCUCUGAAACACAAAAUUGUAACAGCGACAACUGUCCUAUCAAUGGUGGAUAUACUGCAUGGAGUGCAUGGACAGCUUGUAAUGUCACAUGUGGAGGCGGAGAGCAGUCGAGGUCAAGAGAAUGUAGUAAUCCUCUUCCACAGUAUGGAGGAAACAACUGUUCUGGCGAUGCCUCUGAAACACAAGCUUGUAACAGCGAGAACUGUCCUAUCAAUGGUGGAUAUACUACAUGGAGUGCAUGGACAGCAUGUUAUGUCACAUGUGGAGGCGGGGAGCAGUCGAGGUCAAGAGAAUGUAGUAAUCCUCCUCCAGAGUAUGGAGGAAACAACUGUUCUGGCGAUGCCUCUGAAACACAAGCUUGUAACAGCAAUAACUGUCCUAUUAAUGGUGGCUAUACUAUAUGGAGUGCAUGGACAGCUUGUAAUGUCACAUGUGGAGGCGGGGAACAGUCGAGGACAAGAGAAUGUAGUAAUCCUCCACCGCAGUAUGGAGGAAACACUUGUUCUGGAGAUGCCUUUGAAGCACAAGCUUGUAACAGCGAUACCUGUCCUAUCAAUGGUGGAUAUACUACAUGGAGUGCAUGGACAGCAUGUUAUGUCACAUGUGGAGGCGGGGAACAGUCGAGGACAAGAGAAUGUAGUAAUCCUCCACCGCAGUAUGGAGGAAACAACUGUUCUGGAGAUGCCUUUGAAACACAAGCUUGUAACAGCGAUAACUGUCCUAUCAAUGGUGGAUAUACUGCAUGGAGUGCAUGGACAGCUUGUACUGUCACAUGUGGAGGCGGUGAGCAGUCGAGGUCAAGAGAAUGUAGUAAUCCUCCUCCGCAGUAUGGAGGAAACAACUGUUCAGGCGAUGCCUCUGAAACACAAGCUUGUAACAGCGAGAACUGUCCUAUCAGUGGUGGAUAUACUGCAUGGAGUGCAUGGACAGCAUGUAAUGUCACAUGUGGAGGCGGUGAGCAGUCGAGAUCAAGAGAAUGUAGUAAUCCUCUUCCACAGUAUGGAGGAAACAACUGUUCUGGCGAUACUUCUGAAACACAAGCUUGUAAUAGCGAGAACUGUCCUAUUAAUGGUGGAUAUACUACAUGGAGUGCAUGGACAGCUUGUAAUGUCACAUGUGGAGGCGGUGAGCAGUCGAGGUCAAGAGAGUGUAGUAAUCCUCUUCCACAGUAUGGAGGAAACAACUGUUUUGGCGAUGCCUCUGAAACACAAGCUUGUAACAGCGAGAACUGUCCUAUCAAUGGUGGAUAUACUGCAUGGAGUGCAUGGACAGCUUGUAAUGUCACAUGUGGAGGCGGGGAGCAGUCGAGGUCAAGAGAAUGUAGCAGUCCUCUUCCACAGUAUGGAGGAAACAACUGUUCUGGCGAUGCCUCUGAAACACAAAAUUGUAACAGCGAGAACUGUCCUAUCAAUGGUGGAUAUACUGCAUGGAGUGCAUGGACAGCUUGUAAUGUCACAUGUGGAGGCGGUGAGCAGUCGAGGUCAAGAGAAUGUAGUAAUCCUCCUCCACAGUAUGGAGGAUACAACUGUUCAGGCAAUACCUCUGAAACACAAGCUUGUAACAGCGAUAACUGUCCUAUCAAUGGUGGAUAUACUGCAUGGAGUGCAUGGACAGCAUGUAAUGUCACAUGUGGAGGCGGUGAGCAGUCGAGGUCAAGAGAAUGUAGUAAUCCUCUUCCAAAGUAUGGAGGAAACAACUGUUCUGGCGAUGCGUCUGAAACACAAGCUUGUAUCAGCGAUAACUGUCCUAUCAAUGGUGGAUAUACUGCAUGGAGUGCAUGGACAGCUUGUAAUGUCACAUGUGGAGGCGGUGAACAGUCGAGAUCAAGAGAAUGUAGCAAUCCUCUUCCACAGUAUGGAGGAAGCAACUGUUCUGGCGAUGCCUCUGAAACAGAAGCUUGUAACAGCGAUAACUGUCCUAUCAAUGGUGGAUAUACUACAUGGAGUGCAUGGACAGCUUGUAAUGUCACAUGUGGAGGCGGUGAGCAGUCGAGGUCAAGAGAAUGUACCAAUAUUCUUCCACAGUAUGGAGGAAACAACUGUUCUGGCGAUGCCACCGAAACACAAGCUUGUAACAGCGAGAACUGUCCUAUCAAUGGUGGAUAUACUGCAUGGAGUGCAUGGACAGCUUGUAAUGUCACAUGUGGAGGCGGUGAGCAGUCGAGGUCAAGAGAAUGUAGUAAUCCUCUUCCACAGUAUGGAGGAAGCAACUGUUCUGGCGAUGCCUCUGAAACACAAGCUUGUAACAGCGACAACUGUCCUAUCAAUGGUGGAUAUACUACAUGGAGCGCAUGGACAGCUUGUAAUGUCACAUGUGGAGGCGGUGAGCAGUCGAGGUCAAGAGACUGUAGUAAUCCUCCUCCGCAGUAUGGAGGAAACAACUGUUCUGGCGAUGCGUCUGAAACACAAGCUUGUAACAGCGAUAACUGUCCUAUCAAUGGUGGAUAUACUGCAUGGAGUGCAUGGACAGCUUGUAAUGUCACAUGUGGAGGCGGUGAGCAGUCGAGGUCAAGAGAGUGUAUCAAUCCUCCUCCGCAGUAUGGAGGCCAGUCAUGUUCCGGCGAUCAUACCGAGACAUUAGUUUGCGGCGAACAAAAUUGCCCAGUGAAUGGUGGAUUCACUGAAUGGACCCCUUGGGGUACGUGUACGACAACAUGUGGUUACGGACAACAGAAUAGAUCACGUGACUGCAACAAUCCAAGUCCACAGUAUGGUGGUAGCGACUGCAUUGGUGAUUAUAUCGAAAUUCAGGAGUGUAAUGUGGACCUAUGUCCUGCCGACGGAGGGUACACGGUCUGGACUGAAUGGAGCACGUGCUCUGUGACAUGUGGGGCAGGAGAAAGAACAAGGUCACGCGAGUGUACAAAUCCCUCACCGGAACAUGGAGGUGCCCCGUGUGAUGGUGCAGCAGUUGAGACGAUCCUUUGUACUGAAGGGUGUCCAGAUCGUCGAAGAGCGGCACCAAGCGUCGAUGGCGGUUUCACCGAAUGGACAGUAUGGACCGACUGUUCGGUGACUUGUGGAGACGGAGAACAAACAAGAAGCCGCACUUGCACGAAUCCCGAACCUCAGAACGGUGGUACUGAUUGUGUUGGGGAUACGCAGGAAUCACAAACUUGUAACCUGGCAAGUUGUCCUCAAGAAAAGGUUGAUGGUGGUUUUACUGAGUGGACACCAUGGACAGAGUGCCCGGUGAGUUGUGGUGGUAGCGAGCAGACACGUACUAGGACUUGCUCGAACCCUGAACCCCAGAACGGUGGUAGUGAUUGUGUUGGUGACACCGAAGAGUCGCAACAAUGUAACACCGGAAGUUGCCCACCAGUGGAUGGUGGCUUUACUGAAUGGAGUUCUUGGACCGAAUGCUCUGUGACUUGCGGAGACGGAGAACAAACCAGAACACGUGCAUGCACGAAUCCUGAACCUCAGAAUGGCGGUAAUGAUUGCAUUGGAGAUACACAGGAGUCACAAAGCUGUAAUCUUACAAAUUGUCCAGUAAAUGGUAGUUUUACUGAAUGGAGUUCUUGGAAUGAUUGUUCUGUUACUUGUGGAAACGGAAUACAUACAAGAACACGUAACUGCAGUGAUCCAGAACCUCUGUAUGGUGGCGAUGACUGUGUGGGAGAAGUGGAAGAAACAGAAUCAUGUAGUUUUGGCCCAUGUCCAGUUGACGGAUAUUGGUCAAAUUGGGAAGAGUGGACCACGUGUUCAGCUUCAUGUGACAGUGGUACACGUGAAAGAACACGUACAUGCGUGGAACCAUUAAAUGGCGGAAACCCCUGUGAUGGUGCAUCAAAGCAGGUGGAGUUCUGUAAUAUAAAGGCGUGUCCAUUGGAUGGAGUUUGGAGUGAGUGGACAGCUUGGGAAGACUGCAAUGCGACAUGUGAAGGAGGUAUUAGAACUAGAACGCGCACGUGCAUCGGGCCGCUCCACGGGGGAGAGGAGUGCAAUGGUACUUCAGAAGAGAACGAAAUCUGUAACAGUGAUCCGUGUCCUAUUGAUGGAUAUUGGUCCAACUGGAAUGAAUGGACAACAUGCACGGCCACGUGCAACACUGGAACGCGUGAAAGAACGCGAACAUGUGUUGAACCUCAAGAUGGCGGCAAAGAGUGCACAGGAGCAGCGGUGCAGACCGAGUUCUGCAAUACGGAACUCUGUCCCGUUGAUGGCAAGUGGUUAGAUUGGUCUGAAUGGGAUAAUUGUACAGCGCCUUGUGGUGGAGGUUCACGUAACCGGUCUCGCACGUGCGUUGAACCAAUGCAUGGUGGGAAGGAUUGUAUAGGGGAAGAUACCGAAACAGACGCCUGUAAUGAAGAUCCUUGUCCAGUUAAUGGGUUCUGGCUGAACUGGUUGGCAUGGGGUUCGUGCUCUGUAUCUUGUUCAGAUGGAACACGUAACAGGUCACGCGUGUGCAUGGGACCUUUGCAUGGAGGAUUAGACUGUAUUGGCGAAAGCUCGGAAUCGGAAAGCUGUGACAACUGGAACUGUCCGGUUGACGGGUAUUGGUCUGACUGGUCAGAAUGGACAAAAUGCUCAGCGACAUGUGGUGGUGGGUAUCGAAAUAAAUCACGAACUUGUAAUGAACCUCUAUAUGGAGGUCUGAUGUGUCAGGGAGAAAUGUCAGAAACAGACACGUGUAACGUUGACGCUUGUCCAAUCGACGGUGAAUGGUCAGAUUGGACUCAGUGGAGUACUUGCACUGCUACGUGUGGUGGAGGAACACGUGAGAAGACCCGCGCAUGUAGUGAACCAAAAUAUGGCGGGAAAUUUUGUGAAGGGGAAGCGUCUGAAACUAAUAUGUGUAAUGUUGAACCUUGUCCAGUGGACGGAUACUGGGAAGAGUGGUCGGAAUGGACUGAAUGCUCAGUGCCAUGUGCUGGAGGGUCACGGGAUAGAACUCGCGCAUGCGUACAGCCAAAGUUUGGUGGAAAAGAAUGUGUAGGCACAGACGCCGAGACAGAAGAAUGCAAUACACAGAAGUGUCCUGUUGACGGUUUUUGGACAACUUGGUCGCAAUGGUCUGAAUGCUCAUCAACGUGCAAUGGAGGCGCGCGGAACAGAAGUCGCAGUUGUAUAGAACCAGAGUUUGGCGGGAAAACAUGCAGUGGUCGGGACAUAGAUAUUCAAAUCUGUGGAAUGGAAGCAUGCCCUUCAGUUGAUGGUGGAUGGUCAGCAUGGACUGGUUGGACAGCGUGCAGUAUGACAUGUGGCUUCGCAGAGAGGACAAGAAAUAGAACUUGUACAAACCCGUCGCCUAUGUGGGGUGGUAGAUACUGUGAGGGGGUUCAUAUACAGUCAGAUAGCUGUAAAGAAAAUGAUUGUCCCGUGGAUGGUGAAUGGACAGAAUGGACAUCCUGGACACCAUGCUUCAAUAUGACUGCAAAUGGUUUUCUUAGCCCGAAAUGUGGACGUGGUUUUAAGGAAAGAAACAGAUCGUGUGACAAUCCAGCACCACAGUUUGAAGGCAGUGAUUGUGCCGGUAACUCUAUGGAGGUUAUAACGUGCAAUGUACCGUGCCACACAAUCACCUGCAGUAAAGAACAUCCCGAGAACUGUCAGAUUAUUUUUCAGAAUAUACCGCAAAAUAAAGGUUUUGCGGUAUCUGCAAGCACUUCUGUGGCCAUCUUCAUACUGCUAAACACAAUAAGAUUAUAUCUUUGACCAUUUAUGUACAUAUGAUUAUAUGUAACUUUUACAACAUUAGUUUUCCAAUACAGAAACUAUAUCAGAAUGUUUACAUACUUUUUGUAAUGCUUCCGUUUUCGAUUCUCAUAAUAUUCACCUUUGGCUUUUUUACGGCUACAAAAUGUUGAAAAUAUAUUUAAAAAUGUAUAAACUAGUUACAAUGAGCUAAUAUCACAUUGACAUGUAUUUGCAUUUUCGUAUUUUUAUGCCCCUGAAGGGAGGCAUAUUAGUUUUCAACUGUCCGUCCGUUAGUUCGUUCGUUCGUUCUUUAGUCACAACGUUAACUGUUUGCAUGAAGGCACUUUACUCGCGAACCACUGCACCCAGGACCUUCAAACUUCACAUGCUGAUAGUACUUAUUGAGUACACCAUCCCUACUGACUUUGGGGUCACCAGGUCAAAGGUCAUGGUCACAGGGGCCAACGUUAACUUUUUGCAUGAAGGCACUUUACUCACGAACCACUGCACCCAGGACCUUCAAACUUCACAUGCUGAUAGUACUUAUUGAGUACAUCACCCCUACUGACUUUGGGGUCACCAGGUCAAAGGUCAAGGUCACAGGGGCCAACGUUAACUUUUUGCAUGAAGGCACUUUACUCGCGAACCACUGCACCCAGGACCUUCAAACUUCACGUGCUAAUAGUACUUAUUGAGUGCACCACCCCUACUGACUUUGGGGUUACCAGGUCAAAGGUCAAGGUCACAGGGGCCAACGUUAACUUUUUGCAUGAAGGCACUUUACUCGCGAACCACUGCACCCAGGACCUUCAAACUUUACAUGCUGAUAGUACUUAUUGAGUACACCACCCCUACUGACUUCGGGGUCACCAGGUCAAAGGUCAAGGUCACAGGGGCCAACGUUAACUUUUUGCAUGAAGGCAUUUUACUUGCGAUCCACUGACCAAGGACCUUUAAACUUCACAUGUUGAUAGUACUUAUUGAGUACACCACUCCUACUCACUUUGGGGUCACCAGGUCAAAGGUCAAGGUCACAGGGGCCAACGUUAAUUUUUUGCAUGAAGGCACUUUUCUUGCGAACCACUUCACCCAGGACCUUCAAACUUUACAUGCUGAUAGUACUUUAUGAGUACACCAACCCUACUGACUUUGGGAGCACCAGAUCAAAGGUCAAGGUCACAGGGGCCAACGUUAACUUUUUGCAUGAAGGCACUUUACAUGCAAACCACUUCCCUCAGGACCUUCAAACUUCACAUGCUGAUAGUACUUAUUGAGUACACUACCUCUACUGACUUUGGGGUCACAAGGUCAAAGGUCAAGGUGCUGCGGGGGCAUUUGCCACCAUUAGUGACAGCUUUUGUUUUUCACUUAUUAUGACUUAUUAUCACUUAUUACUUACCUGUUUGUAAAUAAUUAUUCAAAUAAAAGCAUGGCGUAGAUUCAUACCUGAUUUCUUUCUAAUCAACAGGGAGAAAGAAAGGGCAAAGACCGAAUUACACUAUUAUUCCAGGACUAUUUCAAAUGUCGUUGUAGAUUCUAAUUUAAACAAGCAACUGUUUAAUGUUUAUUAGUUAUUAAUCAACAUCAUACCAUGAAUCUUUACACUGUUGUUGAACUCGCACCUUGUUAUCCCCCGACGAAGUUUUGGCGUUGUCCGUCUGUCCGUUCGUCUGGAGCCAUAUCUAGGAAAUGGUUGGGAAAAUUUAAAUAAAACUUCAUAUACAUGUUUACCACUAUGAGGUUAUGCGGCCCGUCAAGCUUCAGUCAGAUUGCCCUAAUAACACUAGAGUUAUGGCCCUUAGAAGUUUUUUGUGUUAACUAUAUAGGGUACUAUAAAUAUGGCAAUUUCUGCAUCAUAACUUGUGAUAUAUUUGACCUAGAACUAUGAAACUUUAAUUAAAUUUAGAUCAUCAUAUUGUGGUUGACCACACACAAUUUCGUCCGGAUCUCUUUACUAAAUUCAGAGUUAUUGCCCUUUAAUUGUUUAAAAAUCCACAGAUUUGUACAUAACAAACCAACCAAUUGGUAGAAUUUCAUUUAAGUUCUUUCAUUCUUUUCCAUGAGCAUUUAUUAUAAACAUGUGAAGUUGUGUACCCACACCUGGUCACCCCCUUGCUUCGGUCACACACCCCCCCCCCCCCCCAGAAAAAAAAAUCAUUCCUUAUUUUAAUUUUUUUUUCAAACCUUCCAUGAAUAUUUAUCAACAUGCAAAGUUGUACCGUUCCCCCACCUCGCUACUCCACCCAGUCAUACCCCCAACAUUUUUUUUUUUUCAUUU